CGAGUGAAGGGAAGCGGGCCCGUGUCACGUGACGGGGGGAAUAGGGAGGCUCUUGUGUUUACAUCAAUGCAUUCAACAGCGGCUGCUGCAGAGCGUCUACACAUCAAUGUUUUGCUUUCAUUUCUUUAAAAACGAGCACGAUCAUCGCUACACACGGUAGUUCCGAGCGCGUCCGGGCGUAGCGCCGCUGUGCGAUCAAGAGAGAGCGCCUCUGCUGCAGCUGUGAUCGGUUGUGUAUUAGAUUCCUGGCGUCAUGGACGAGCUCGCGGUGGAAGUGCGAGGAGCCAGCGGAGCUUUCUACAAGGCCUCUGUUAAAGAUGUUCACGAGAGUACAGUCACAGUCUCGUUUGAGAACAAUUGGCAGCCAGAACGACAGAUUCCUUUCCACGAUGUUCGGUUUCCACCUCCGACCGGCUUUCAGAAAGAGAUAAACGAGAGUGAUGAAGUGGAGGUUUACUCCAGGGCCAAUGAUAAAGAGCCCUGUGGAUGGUGGCUAGCCAAAGUUUGCAUGGUGAAAGGAGAGUUUUAUGUGAUAGAAUACGCAGCCUGUGAUGCCACGCUAAAUGAAAUCGUUACAUUAGAGAGGUUACGGCCUGUGAACCCCAACAAAGCCGCGUCAAAGAUCACCUUUCUCAAAAUCAGACUAGAUGUUCCUGAAGACUUGAGACAGAUGUGUGCGAAAGACUCUGCACAUAAAGACUUCAAAAAAGCCAUUGGAGCAUUUAACGUCACUUAUGACUCGGAAGAAAAGCAGUUGGUUAUUUUGUCUGUUAAUGAGGUUACAGCAAAGCGAAUAGGCAUGUUGAGUGACAUGCACUUCAGGAGUCUGCGCACAAAGCUGACGCUGAUACAGAGGAAUGAGGAAGCAACCCGACAGCUGGAGAGUUCUCGGCAAUUGGCCUCAAGGUUCCAUGAGCAGUUUGUGGUGCGUGAUGACCUCAUGGGAUUGGCCAUAGGCACCCAUGGGGCGAAUAUCCAGCAGGCCAGAAAGAUUCCUGGGGUCACAACCAUCGACCUCGAUGAAGAGACCUGCACGUUUCACAUCUAUGGAGAGGACCAGGAGGCUGUACGGAAGGCCAGAAGCUACCUGGAAUUUUCUGAAGAUAUUAUCAAAGUUCCUAAGAAUUUAGUCGGAAAAGUUAUUGGCAAGAGUGGGAAGCUGAUUCAAGAGGUUGUGGAUAAAUCAGGUGUUGUCCGAGUUCGAGUGGAACCGGAAAAUGACAAAAAGCCUGCUCCAUUAGAGGAGGGAAUGGUGCCAUUUGUGUUUGUGGGGACGAAGGAAAGCAUUUCAAAUGCACGGAUUCUGCUGGACUACCAUCUGAAUUAUCUAAAGGAGGUAGAUCAGCUGCGAAUGGAGCGACUGCAGAUCGAUGAACAGCUCAGACAGAUCGGUGGAGGGCCUAGAGCUCUGCCGGGACGACCCGAAAAAGAAAAACCUUUCAUGGCUGAUAAUGGAAUGGGACCCUCACGAGGUGGCGGCAAACCCUUCGGUCGUGGAGGGAGAGGGAGACGGGGCCCGACACUGGCUUCAGGCACCAACUCUGAGGCCUCUAAUGCAUCUGAGACUGAAUCCGACCACAGAGAUGAGCUCAGUGACUGGUCCCUGGCCCCUACAGAUGAGGAGUCCAUGGGUUACCCCAAAAGGGCCCCUGAUGGACGCAAAAGGGGUGGAGGGCCCCGGGGUCGUGGAGGGAGAGGAAGAGGAGGAUACAAAAGUCAGUUUUUGAGCUGUCACUCACAUGGCUAUAGCUUUAUUAAACAUAAAAUGUUGUACAUUUUUCUUUUUUGUGUGUUUGUUUAUCAGAUCCGCAUCAACAGCAAUAACGAGAGGAGCGUCCACACCAGCCGAGGCUCUCAGGCUCUGGCAGGAGACAGCGGAGGGAACCGGCAGAGACCCAUGAAGGAGCGAGUGAUGAAGAAAGACAAGCAGGACGGCCCGGACAGCCAAGCCGUUGUGAACGGCGUUUCGUAGAGAAUAACGUGCCCCCUUUCCCCCAUUCUCCCACUCAGCUCCACCAAUCCAGAUGCUUCUUCAUUAGAGACACAUUAGGCCAAAGAGAACCAGGUCAGUAGGGCUGUCGCAAGACAUGACAUAAAGCACACUUUCUAAUUGUUAGUUGGGGUAAAAGACGAGGUCUCUUGGUGUAUGGUGUGUUGAAUUCGGUAGUCUUCACGGAUUAAAGAGACCGGCCUCUAAAUCACAACAGAAGCUACAGGUUUUCUAAUUGACUUUCUAAACAACUACCUAUGAAGCAUAAAGAAGCUGUGGAUUAAAUGUCUCUCAAAAUGGAAUUCUGAAAUGUUUUCCAAGCAAUUGGUUUUUAAAGUUUAUGUUUUCCACAAUGUCCCAAACAAAAGGGAAAGAAACACAUUGGAGAAUGAACUCAAGCGCUCGGGGGCCCAAGUUUAUGCCACAUCUCACGGCAUACGUUGUUUUUUUUUACGUGCUUUGGUGUCCAUGAUUACGCGAGCCCAUUCUGAUGUGAGAUCUUAGCCACAAAAAUAACACAAAAAAAAAAAUACCUAAAAAUGGCAAAUGAAAAAAAAUAAAAAGCUCCUGUCUGGAUCUGUGCCUUUAACUAGUGUGAAUAGUAUCAUAAUUUGGAUGUUUAAAUCAGGGAAGAAGACGUGAACAGCCUGUCUGAGCAACGUGUGUUGCAAUCUCAGCCGACGACUAAAAAAAAAAAAAAAAGGUUUUUUUCUUUUUCUUUUUUUUCUGUGCUGCAUGUAUUUCACCAACAUUUUGUAUGUCUGAAAAGCAGGAUUCUAUCAAGUCGGCCGAAUUCUGAUAUUUUGCCAUAGCUGAAUUGUGUGUAAUAAAGGUAUUAACCUAACUAAACUAGUCAACUGUGGAAGUCAUAAAUUGUAACCGACCACCCAGAGACGAAUAUCAAUGCUAAUUCAUUGUCGUCAACAUCACAACAUCAGUUAAUUUUGUCAUUUAGCAUAUCUUUGCAUUGUAGGGCAAUUAUUAUUAUUUUUUUUUUAAGAGGUAGCAAAGCAGUUUUCUUUCAAAAAACAUGUCUGUCAUUUUCCUCCCACGCAAGGUGAACUUGUUUGUUUGUUUUUUUUUCUCUCACAAACAAUUUGGAAAUGCUCAUUUUGGUUUGCAUUCAUGCUGGCCACAGUAAACUGCCAUCUCUCCUGCUGUAUUUCUCAGCAUCAGGUGUGAAGCACUUAUAUCAGAUCUCUGUAACAUUGUCUGUGUCCUAACAAUGGCUCAUCUGUGGGGUUGCAUACUGUAUAUUAUGUCAUCCGUUAAGAGAUUGUUGCUGUUCUUUUUAGAUUGAACUUUAAAUGUGCACUUAUCAUGUUUGUGUUACUCUGCAAGUACUUUAUAAUCUCUAAACCUAUAAUAAACUAGAAUGUGAUGAGACUUCCUCGGCAGGUGAAUCACAUGUAUGCUGUCAACAUAACUAAACUGAAGUUUAGAUAUCUUUGCUAAUUUUGAGUCUACUGUACUUUUGCAGCUGAAUUCGCUUGGAGAGGGGCGAGAAGGGGGAAUAUGCGAUGUUAACUUUGAUAUGAAAACCGUCUGUCUUAUCCGAUUAGUGCUUGUGCAUUAAACUUUAGUUUACAUUUUCGAGAAGACGCGAUGCUGUUCUGAACCCACGAUUCUUUCCAAACCUACUGUGACGAUAACCAUGGUAGUUUUUUUCUGCUUUUCCUUUGACUUGUGCAGCAAGAAACCUGUUCUUUGCUCUUUUUCUCUAUGUUUCUAGUUCUCUUUGCGCUCCUGUACUCUCGCUAGUCACCUUGGCGAAUAACCUGUUAAGCUUAUGCACACCAGUUUGGAAGUGAUUUGCCUGUGAAUACGAAACGGAAGCUGAAAAGAACCUGUGACUGGCGGAGGAUUUGCGGAAAUAUAAACCACUCUCUCGACGGAGGCGGCUCAGGAUGCCCCUCUCGUGUGACUCUUUAAAAAAAAAUAAUAGCCUUUACUUCAAAAUAAGGUGUUAAAUGGUUUACGCUCAGUAUUUUUUAAAACCUGCACGUCCAUGGCGGGCAGUAAAACUGGCAAGAUGGCGCAGUUCGCCACAGUCUGUU